GUUGGUCUGUCGGCCUUCGUCCUACGUAGCAGGGCGCGCGCGGCCGCGAUGAGCUGGGACCUGCUGCUCUGGCUGCUGGCGCUGUGCGCGCUGCUCUCUCUCGUGGUGCAGCUGCUACGCUUCCUGCGGGCCGACGGCGACCUGACCCUGCUGUGGGCCGAGUGGCAGGGGCGACGCCCAGAAUGGGAGCUGACUGAUAUGGUGGUGUGGGUGACUGGAGCAUCAAGUGGGAUUGGUGAAGAGCUGGCUUACCAGCUGUCCAAACUAGGAGUUUCUCUUGUGCUGUCAUCCAGAAGAGUGCAUGAGCUGGAAAGGGUGAAAAGAAGAUGCCUUGAGAACGGCAAUUUGAAAGGAAAAGAUAUACUCAUUUUGCCCCUUGACCUGACUAACAGAAGUUCCCAUGAAAUGGCUACCAAAGCGGUUCUCCAGGAGUUUGGCAAAAUUGACAUUCUGGUCAACAAUGGUGGAGUAUCCCAGCGUUCUUUGUGUGUGGACACCAGCCUGGACGUCUACAAGGAGCUAAUAGAGGUUAACUACUUAGGGACGGUGUCCUUGACAAAGUGUGUUCUGCCUCACAUGAUUGAGAGGAAGCAAGGAAAAAUUGUUACUGUGACUAGCCUCCUGGGUGUUAUAUCUGCACCCCUUUCUGCUGGAUAUUGUGCCAGCAAACAUGCUCUUCAGGGAUUUUUUAAUACCCUCCGAAUUGAACUUGCUACAUACCCAGGUAUAGUAGUUUCUAACAUUUGCCCAGGACCUGUGCAAUCAAAUAUUGUGAAGAAUGCCCUAACUGAAGAAGUCACAAAGACUACAGGCAGCAAUGCAGAUCAGUCCCACAAGAUGGCAGCCAGUCGUUGUGUGCAGCUGAUGUUAAUCAGCAUGGCCAAUGAUUUGAAGGAAGUUUGGAUCGCGGAUCAGCCUUUUUUGUUAAUGGCAUAUUUGUGGCAGUAUAUGCCAACCUGGGCCUGGUGGAUAACCGACAAAUUAGGGAAGAAAAGGAUUGAGAACUUUAAGAAUGGUGUGGAUGCAGAUUCCUCUUAUUUUAAAAUCUGGAAGACAAAAUAUCAGUGAAGGAGUACUUGCAUAUUUCAAGCCAAUGGAAAGAGAAACGGAAAAUAUAACAACAGCAAUUUUCUUAUGCACUGAAGACUUAUUUGUGAUUUUACUUCUUAAUAGAUACAACUUUCCUUUCAACGUGUAAUAAAUAAGAUUGCCAGGAGUCUUGCAAUAAGGGUAUUAAUACAUACU